GCACAAUUGCUUUUGACAUUUAUACACACACACUUUUUCGAUUGAACUCAGUCGUUUUUUGGAACUACAUUGUACACACGUUACACGUCACAGAAUUGUUGACAUUCCAACUUUGUAGUUUUCCAAUUGAAAAAUCAACGCAAUAAAAUGAGUGCUCCAAAAGUUACGUUCAAGAUAACAUUAACAUCCGAUCCGAAACUGCCAUUCAAAGUGCUUAGCGUACCCGAAACGACCCCGUUCACAGCCGUCUUAAAAUUCGCUGCCGAAGAAUUCAAAGUUCCGCCAGCAACAAGUGCCAUUAUCACAGACGAUGGUAUCGGUAUCAAUCCACAACAAACGGCUGGCAAUGUAUUUUUGAAGCAUGGAUCUGAACUGAGACUUAUUCCAAGGGAUCGAGUAGGCACCGCAUGUCAUUAGGAUGAUUUUUUUUGGUUUUUCUUUAAAUUUAAAUUAAAUUUUUAACUUCGGAAAA